AUGGCAGAAUCAUCAAGUGAAAAUUAUAAAAUACCAGCUGGACUACGUCCAUUAUUAGAAGCGCUAGUGCGUGAAACAUUGAAAACACAGCCAAAUGAUUUAAUCAGUUUUUCGGUCCUCUUUUUCAGCGUCUUACAAAAACAUCGGAAACGUAGACAUCAAAUUGAGAUGAUUUGUUUUCCAGAGAAUAAUGCAGAAGAUGUGCUAAAAGAUCCUGCUUUAUAUGAAUCUUUUAAAAUUGACCUACAGAAACAGUAUCACGAAAAGGAUAAAAUGAUCGGACGAUCGCCAAGGUCAUUGAAUGAAGCAGCAACGAAAAUUCAAGCUGCAUAUCGUGGACAUAUUGUUCGAGCUAAUCCACAAAAGUUUGGUUUUAGCAAAAAGGACACUGAUAUCAUUUGGUCACCCACGGAUUGCAACAAUUUACCAAAUGCGGAAAAAAAUUUUAAGUGCCAUUCUACUAUCGAUGCUAUCGAUUCGGUGAUAGAGAGAGAUGCGAUUGAGGAUCGAGCAGCAACCAUAAUUCAGGCCGAAAUUCGUGGUUUUCUAAUACGACGGCAUUUACAACAGGAAAAAAAAGAAGGAAAUGAAGCUGCGAAAAAAAUACAGGCUCAUAUUAGGGGUUACUUAACGAGAAAGCACCUUGAUGAAGUCGGCAUACCAUACAAGCAUUCAACCGUCUCACAUCUACAUAACGGUCUCCAGGAAUAUAUUGUUGGCUUGAUAUUUUUUUGUGUACUCUGGGCGCUUAUGGUAGCUGUAAGGACUCCGGGUGAUAAUACAGUGGAUGGGAUUGAUUAG